GCUGCCGCUGCAGCCGGAUGCAGGGCGGGAUUCACGGGGCCAUCGCAGGGAGCAAAGCUCAGCUCUCCGCGUCUUUGCUUUCGCCCGCCCUGGCCUCCUCGCCGCGUCGGUCCGCUGGUCGGGUCUGGCUGACCAGCUCGCCCUCCGGCUCCGAACCGAGGUUCCACGGCAGCCACAGGGACCCGCCCACCAGACCCAGCCAGGGGCCGCCCGUCUGCCUGUUUGGAUCCUGCGGUUGAUGACACCUGGCAGAAGGCUACCAUGGAGGGGGAUGGUUCAGACUCGCUGGUUACCAUUAAGAAUAUCGAAAGAGAGCUCAUUUGCCCGGCAUGCAAGGAGCUGUUUACCCACCCAUUGAUUCUCCCUUGUCAACAUAGUAUCUGUCAUAAAUGUGUAAAAGAACUCUUACUGAUGCUUGAUGAUUCAUUCAAUGACGUGGGAUCAGACAACUCCAAUCAGAGCAGUCCUCGACUUCGGCUUCCUUCCCCUAGUAUGGAUAAAAUUGACAGAAUUAGCAGACCAGGUCGUAAGAAGAUAUUAAAUGGCUGGAAGCGCAAUUCAUUGACCCCUAGGACAACUACUUUUCCUUGUCCUGGCUGUGAACAUGAUGUGGAUCUUGGAGAACGGGGAAUCAACGGUCUGUUUCGAAAUUUCACUUUGGAAACUAUUGUUGAAAGGUAUCGUCAGGCAGCGAGGGCAGCCACAGCCAUUAUGUGUGACCUUUGUAAACCACCACCUCAAGAAUCCACAAAAAGUUGCAUGGACUGUAGUGCAAGCUACUGCAAUGAAUGCUUCAAAAUUUAUCAUCCUUGGGGUACUGUAAAAGCGCAGCAUGAGUAUGUGGGCCCAACUACGAAUUUUAGACCCAAGAUUUUAAUGUGCCCAGAACAUGAAACGGAGAGAAUAAAUAUGUACUGUGAAUUAUGUAGGAGGCCAGUUUGUCAUCUCUGUAAGUUGGGUGGUAAUCAUUCCAACCACCGUGUAACCACUAUGAGCAGUGCCUACAAAACCUUAAAGGAAAAGCUUUCAAAAGAUAUUGAUUACCUUAUUGGCAAGGAGAGCCAGGUGAAGAGUCAGAUUUCUGAACUAAACUUGUUAAUGAAAGAAACGGAGUGUAAUGGAGAGCGGGCUAAAGAAGAAGCAAUUACACAUUUUGGAAAGCUCUUUGAAAUCCUAGGAGAGAGGAAAUCAUCUGUUUUGAAGGCAAUUGAUGCUUCUAAGAAACUAAGAUUAGACAAAUUUCAGACUCAAAUGGAAGAGUAUCAGGGGCUGCUAGAGAACAACGGACUCGUGGGAUACGCUCAAGAAGUGCUGAAAGAGACAGAUCAGUCUUGCUUUGUUCAGACCGCAAAACAGCUCCACCUCAGAAUACAGAAAGCUACAGAAUCUUUGAAGAGCUUUAGACCUGCGGCUCAGACUUCUUUUGAAGACUAUGUUGUUAAUACAUCUAAACAAACAGAACUUCUUGGAGAAUUGUCCUUUUUCUCUAGUGGCAUAGAUGUGCCAGAGAUCAAUGAGGAACAGAGCAAAGUUUAUAACAAUGCUUUGAUAAAUUGGCACCAUCCAGAAAAGGAUAAAGCUGAUAGCUAUGUCCUCGAAUAUCGGAAGAUUAAUAGAGAUGAGGAAAUGUUGUCUUGGAAUGAGAUAGAAGUGUGUGGCACAAGUAAAGUCAUUUCUGAUCUUGAAAGUAAUUGUAACUAUGCUUUCAGAGUAAGAGCCUACAAGGGUUCAAUCUGCAGUCCUUGCAGCAGGGAAUUGAUUCUUCAUACUCCUCCAGCUCCAGUUUUCAGUUUCCUUUUUGAUGAAAAAUGUGGCUAUAAUAAUGAACACCUCUUGCUGAACUUGAAGAGAGACCGUGUAGAGAGCAGAGCUGGAUUUAAUCUUCUCCUUGCUGCGGAGCGGAUCCAAGUGGGUUACUUCACAAGCUUAGACUACAUCAUUGGAGAUGUUGGAAUUACAAAAGGGAAACACUUUUGGGCCUUCCGUGUAGAACCAUAUUCAUACCUGGUAAAAGUGGGAGUUGCUUCCAGUGAUAAACUACAAGAAUGGCUCCGGUCUCCCCGGGAUGCAGUUAGUCCAAGAUACGAGCAAGACAGUGGGCAUGACAGCGGAAGUGAGGAUACCUGUUUUGAUUCUUCACAACCCUUUACGUUAGUUACUAUAGGCAUGAAGAAAUUUUUUAUUCCCAAGUCACCUACUUCUUCUAAUGAACCUGAAAAUCGAGUUCUCCCCAUGCCAACAAGUAUAGGGGUUUUCCUCGACUACGAUAAAGGCAAAGUGGGUUUCUAUGAUAUGGAUCACAUGAAAUGCCUUUAUGAGCGCCAAGUGGACUGUUCACAUACUAUGUAUCCAGCAUUUGCAUUAAUGGGCAGUGGAGGAAUUCAGCUUGAAGAACCCAUCACAGCAACAUAUCUAGAACACCAAGAGACCAUGUAGUUUAAGCAUCUGAUGUGACUUAGGAUAAAAAAUGUGAGCAAAGUAAUGCCUUGGUGUUAACCUUUGUAACUAAUUACAUAUCAUCUAAGUAUCUGGUCGCUACACUUGUUUUUUGUGUAUGUUUCUUCUUAAAACAGAAAGCCUAAACAGGCUUCCUGCC